AAAUCUCGCCCAUUGCUUGUCAGCUUGUGAAAUGUUCAGCUUUGCCCUUAUUCUUUUUCUCUCGCUUUUUCUAACUCAGUCAUGUGCUGCAGACGAGCUUACUGUCUCCUAUUGCAAAGACACGGCAGUUGGAGAAUGGCGGAAUGUUGCCAGAGAGAUGUUUUCCAUGACAAGAGUGGGAAUGGCUGAACUGUAUUGCGAUAAUGUUUUGCGAAACGAUAUUGUCUUAGCGACAUUUGUCAAUGGUCAUUAUGAACAGCAUGUGAAAUCACAAGGGGAUAACAUACACACAUACCUAGCCAACAUCUUAAGGAAAGUGAGUAGUGCUGCUAUUAUCACAGUGAGUGAAGAAAGUGAACUGCAAGAGCAUCUAAAAAAGGACCAAGAUGCUUUUGUAGCAUACAUAAAAGGACAAGAUUCAAUAGACCAUCAAUCCUUUCAGCAAGCAGCAUUAUCAGUGGAAGUUCCUAGUAAUUUGCAAAUAAUCAUCACGCAUAGUCCUGUACUGCUUAAGAAGGACAUUAAGAAGAAGAUCCAUGUGUGGUAUGUAAAACAUGACAAGUGGAUUGAACUGGAUAUCCCAGUUGUUGGUGAUGAUGUCACCGCAGAUGAAGCUCGUUACAAAUUUACAACGCAUAUCAGGAACUUAAAGUACCCAACAAUAUUCACUUAUACUGGAGAUGACUAUGUUGACACAUAUAAAAACUCUUUGUUAGAUUAUGUGCUGGUACUGCACAAUACUAAACAACAGACUGAAGUCACUCAAAAAAUAGUUGAGCCAUUGUCAAGAGAGUUCCAACUCCACUUUGCUUUCAUACUAAUAGAUUGUGAAAAAUACCCAGUCAUGCUGGAUAGAUACAAAGCUGAAAACAAAACACUUCCUUUACUUAUAUCACUAAAAAAUGGGCAGAGUACUGGGAUUCACAUUGAUAAAGAAAAGGUACCAUACAAUGAUAUCGAAGCUCUUGUUGAAGUAUUGACAAUGAUAAAAGCUGAAGUUCAAGAGAUAUUAACAGUUGAUCCUGCUUACAUGGCUACUGUGAACACGAGUAAUAGUUCACAAGAUGAAGAACACAGACACACUGAGCUCUAAUGAUUAUAAUUAUAAUGGACACAAGCUUAUUAAAAAAGACACAUCAAUAACUAUUUUUGAAAUAAUGAUAAAUAUUUGAGUGUGCAAAAAUGAAGAAUAAAAAAAAACAAGCACAAACACCA